AUGAAAAGGAAUCUCGCGCUGGUCUCAUACAGCAGCUCUGAGGAAGAGAACAACUUGGAAAAGGUAUCGAAAAGAGCGGUCCCCAAAAAGAAAAAACUCCCUGGUCUAUCACCUUCUUUGAUCGUCCAAACGCCCAAAGAUGAUCCCGCUUUGCAUCAAGGACGAAUUCGCAUUAUACCUCACAUAGAUGGCCAAUGGGCAUCGCAUGUAUACGUGUCUAUCAGAGUUGAAAGGCGCUCUGCCAUGUAUAACCUUGUCCUCGAUGCACUCAAGACUGCCAAAAAUCUUGAACCUGCUUUACACGAUUUUCCCAGAGUCGAUGAGAACAAAUCUGAGAAAUACUUCAAUUUACAUGUAUCCUUGUCGAGACCCAUCUUUCUACGGACACAUCAAAGAGACGAUCUGAAACGAGAAGUAAAAUCUUUGGCUGAGAAAAGCAAUAACUUCAAAAUCUCAUUCACUUCUUUCUCCAUUUUCAACAAUGACGAGGAAACCAGGACGUUCCUAGCCCUGGAUAUUGGCUCGGGUCAUCGAGAUCUUAAACUGUUAUCGGAUGGUCUUUUGCCUUUUCUCGCCAACUUGCGCCAAAAAGAGUAUUACGCCGAUCCCCGUUUCCAUGCAUCUAUCGCUUGGGCUCUCCUCCAAGGCACUACUUCAUAUGAUCAUGCUUCUAUGGCGGAGAAUUUUUCAUCUCCACUCCUCAGUGGGAUGCUUCCAACCCAAGUCGCCCCUUCUGUCAAUGUCUUCCGACCAAUCCUUCACCUUCCUGCAUCCUUGACCACCAUACUCAAUGAACAAUACGCUUCACCAUUGUCAUCCCAGUCCUGUAGUGCGUUUGAUAUACACGAACUUUGCGUGAAGAUUGGGAAAGAUGUAUUUUCAUGGAGGCUGAAAGGUUGA